AGGCGGAAGUGGUGCACGGUUUGACCCACGACGCUAAUUGAAGCUAAUCAAUGCCGGUGCUCCUGCAGUUGGACGUGUUAUAAAACCGAAUAUUGUGCCCAAAUUUUGCUUUUAGUUCAAUUUUGGGAUCUGGAGCGUCGACAAUGAUCGGAACCGGCCGUAACCUUUGGAUCGAAACGAGGCUCGUCCUGGGCAUUCUAGUGAUGUGCUACGUGGUGGGCGUUGCAUGCGCUUUCCAACGAAGCACGAUAAGUGACUCAUUUUCCGUCGCCUUGAAGGAAGAAAGUGGUCGGGCUUCAGCAGCUGUGGACGCUUAUUAUGGACAAAUGUGGUUUCGCACGUGGCAGGCUCCAUUGAUGAUGGCACUCAAGUGGAUAGCAACGUUCACUUUCCUGAUGUUCACCUUUGGGACCACCGCAAUUCAAGGCGCAGCGCAUUACUACAAACACGAAAACGAACAAUCGCAUGUACCGACGGUAAUCAAUGGCUAUGUGGAAAGUUAUGGAACACCAGCGAUCACAUCGUUUUGGGGCUGAGUGAACUCGCCUACGCUUUGAAAAUAAGACUGAGUAAAUGGUUAUAUUAAGAUUGUAUAUAGUGACUAUAUUUAUUCGAAUGGAUGUGUAAUAAAAUUUAUUUAUUUUAAUUCUGUAACAACUCAUUAGUUUAAAGAAAUCUUUCCCUUAGUGCAAUUCAAGUGUUCGUCUAAAUAUUUCUUCCUCCUUUCAACUGCCCCAAAAUCCUUCCUUUUUACUCCAUAGUUCGACUAGCCACUAGCGAGUUCUACUCUUUGCAUGAUGAU